CGUCGCCUCGCCAAGGUUGCCACUAACCUGAACAAUUCGUCUUAACCUCACUUUUAAUUUAUUUUUGUAGUGGAAUACAAGCGAUGUGGGCAGUUUGGGCGUUUCGGGGGCUUCGAACGUACGCCCCCUACAUUACCUUGCCUUUCGCAGCGAUAGUCGGGUACGUCGGUUACAAUUUCGAGGGGUUCAUCUCCGAUAGGUACACCCCCUUUAACGAGUCGAUAAAAGAGACGAGGAGCGAGAGACUUUUGAGCGACGAUCAGUUGGACUCGGCGGCGAGCGUCGAACGGCUCAAGUAUAGCGCCAACGUUUUAGGAAGAAAUGUGUCGCCGUCACUGAAGCAAUGAGGCUUCGUGCGUGCUUCCGUUGUAAAAUAAAGUAGGAUAAUUCUGUUAACGUUAUUCGCAGUAUAUUGUGCAGUUUUA